CAAAAAAAAAAAAAAAAAAAAAAGUCACCAUACAGAAUGUAUCAUCAUCACCACUUUACACUGAAAUGCUUGUAUAUAUCAUCAUCAUUAUAUAUAUAACAUUCUUGAAAAACCCUUAACAAAAAACAUAAAAAUAAUAAUAUGGGCAAUAAACAAGGGUCAUUAGGAGAAGAUUAUUUACAUCUUAAUGAUUUUGAUGAUGGUAAUGAUGAUGGUUUUAUAAAGAAGAAAAUAAAGGGUUUGUGGAAUGGUAUGAAAGAUGUUGUGAUUAAGGCAUGGAAAAUGGGUCGAUCCGACCCGAGAAAAGUGGUGUUUUCUGCAAAGUUGGGUUUGGCUUUGGCUUUGAUAUCUUUGUUGAUAUUUUGGAAAGAGCCUCUUCCUGAUAUCAGUGAACAUUAUGUUUGGGCUAUUCUUACUGUUGUUGUUGUCUUUGAAUUCAGUAUAGGAGCAACCUUUAGCAAAGGAUUAAAUCGUGGACUGGGGACUUUGUCAGCUGGUGGACUUGCCCUUGCCAUGGCUGAGUUAGCUCGCUUGUGUGAGCGAGCUGGUGCUGUAUGGGAUGAAAUUGUUAUUGUUGUUAGCAUAUUUACAAUUGGAUCACUUGCAACUUUUGCAAAACUUUACCCCACAUUGAAGGCCUAUGAGUAUGGAUUCAGAGUGUUCACUUUGACUUAUGUGUACAUAAUGGCUUCUGGUUAUCGUACAAAUGAGUUUAUAGAUACAGCCAUAAGUCGUUUUUUACUAAUUGCACUGGGUGCUGCUGUUAGUCUGCUUGUGAAUGUUGGCAUCUAUCCUAUCUGGGCUGGUGAAGAUUUACAUAAGUUGGUGGUUAAGAAUUUCACUGGUGUUGCUAAUUCCUUGGAAGGUUGUAUUAAUCAGUAUCUUAAUUGUGUUGAAUAUAAAAGGAUUCCUUCAAAAAUCCUUACUUAUCAAGCUUAUGAAGAUCGCCUUUAUAGUGGUUACAGAUCAGCUGUCGAAUCUACAAGUCAAGAGGAUACUUUGUUGGGCUUUGCUAUCUGGGAGCCACCUCAUGGUGCUUACAAGAUGUCCAAGUAUCCUUGGAGAAACUUUGUGAAACUCAGUGGUGCGCUACGGCAUUGCGCUUUUAUGGUCAUGGCGUUGCAUGGAUGCGUACUUUCAGAAAUUCAGGCUCCUGCUGAGAGGAGACGAGUUUUCCAAGACGAACUUCAAAGGGUAGGCACAGCUGGUGCUAAUGUGUUACGUGAACUUGGUAACAAAGUUAAGAAAAUGGAAAAACUAGGGGGAGUAAAUAUACUCGACGAAGUUCUCAAAGCAGCUGAAGACUUGCAAAAAAAGGUUGACCAAAAGUCAUACCUUCUUGUAGAUUCAAACAGUUGGGAAAUCGGGAAACCACCAAUGGAGCUUCAUGAUCCCCAGGACUUCUUGAAGAUCGAAGACCCACAUGUAUAUCACGGAUACCACUCAUUUAGUGAAGCCCGACUUGAUCUUGGAACAUCAAGGGGCCCUGGUAGUGAAAAUACCAAUUUACCCUGGGAGGGCACAAACGGCCAUCACAACCACAGGUCAUUGACUCGACAAUUCUCGUAUAAACCUGAAAGAGUGGUGAUACAAGAUGAAGGAGACACGUACAAGAGCGCGAGCGUACUUUCUUUAGUGACCUUUACAAAUCUUCUGAUUGAAUUUGUUGCAAGGCUCGGGAAUUUGGUAGUGGCAUUUGAAGAACUGAGUGAGAAUGCAAAGUUUAAAGCUCCACAGGCAGAAGAAAAGAUGGAAGAAGAGAUUUGUGGAGUGUGGACACGGUUAUGGAGGUAUGUAAAGCCUAGAAAUAGAAAUGAGAACUUGUUAGCUUAAUUAGAUUAUGAAGUCUGAUAGAAUCCCUCCCUUUUUGUUCAUGUGCUGUGAUGGUUCAGAGUUGUAAGUCUGAAUUGGAUUUGUUUUUUCAGCCAUGGAAAAAAGGUUUGACCUCUAAUAGUAGUGACAAAUAAACGGUCAUCUUUCUAGUGA